AUGCGGUGGGAAGAGCCUUACGAGUUCCGGCCGGUGAGGUUUCUGGACAGCAGCGUGGGAGAUGGGAUCAGGAGGAGGCCGCUCGAUUUCACGUUCUGCUCUGGUUCUUGCAAUACAACAGUCAAGGUGUGGCAGACGUAUGAAGCUGCCUCGAAAGUUUACUCAGGGUCGAUUAAGAAGAGGAAAACUGAAUCUGGAGCUAAAGAAUCUCAUUUGGAGGAUAAUUCUGUCUGUUCACUAGAGGGUCAUGUGUCACUUGUAUCAUCAGUGGCCUGGCCAGUAGGCAAUACGAUUUAUUCUGCAUCUUGGGAUGGUUUAAUUAGAGAAUGGGAUGUUGAGAAAUGCAGUCAUGUGUCGUCCAAAUUCUAUGAAAAAUCCUUCACCUGCGUUAGUGUAGGCGGAUCGGGAUCGAACAUCCUGGCUGCAGGUGCAUUUGAUGGCAAACUUAAGAUAUAUGAUGCAAAACUACCAGCAAAGUCUCGCGCUGUGCACGAUAUUUUUUCGCAUAAUAAUAGGAUAUCAGCAUGCCAGUGGCACUGUAAAGAUACAGUCUACUUACUGUCUGCAUCCCGUGAUGGCAGAGUCAUGGUGUGGGAUCUCAGAAAUGUGGGGCAUACUGUUAUUGGGUCGAGUGAACAAAGCGUGCUAUGUGCUGAUUGGUGGCAAGGGGACCGUGUAAUCAGUGAUGGUGCUGACGCGAAGCUUCGGAUUUCUGCUAGAGUUCCCCUGCCUUGA